UGUUCCCACAUGCACAGAUGAGAUCAUGGAUUCACUCUUGACGGCAGCGUUACACGGGGAUGCCACAGAUCUGGACGCAUGAUGACCAUGGAGAGCAUGUUUAUGGGUAACGCGUGUCAGAGCGGACUGGUGCCAGCGCUGGUUCGAGCUUCUCUGCCCACUGUGCCACCCUCUCUGGGCAUGAAGCACUUCCUUCCCUUCCCUCUGGAUGGCGGCUCCACGCUCAGCCUCAUUCCCAGCUUCAGCAGCAUGGACCCGGUUCAGAAAGCUGUUUUGCAUCACACGUUCAGCGCUUCGGCCUCCUCUAAAAGGAAAGCUGUCUCGUGCGGCGUGUGCCAGCUGAGGUUUAACUCGCAGAGCCAGGCAUUGGCCCACUACAAAGGCACCAAACACGCCAAGAAGCUGAAAUCCUUGGACGCCCCGAAAUGCCUCAAACACAAGAGUUCCCUGGUCACCAGGGAAAAUACCAACAAGGAGCCGCCUAGAGGCCUCUCUCCCUCCAUAGUGGCCAGCAACACUGACAGAAAAGGUGGGAGUCCUGGAGCGCCUGUGGCCCCUUCAUCACCCUCUUCUGCCCCGGGGUCCGGCCCCAGCGUGGAGCCCACAGAGCCAGAGUCUACCUCAGUGUCAGGAGGAGAGGACGGCCGCUCCAUCACGCCCAACCCGCCUGAACCGGAGGAGAACGACCCCGCAGUCAGUCCAGAGACGGAGGAUGAGAAAGCACUGCGUCUGCUCUACUGCUCCCUCUGUAAGGUGGCCGUCAACUCUGCGUCACAGCUAGACGCGCAUAACAGUGGCACCAAACACAAAACCAUGCUGGAGGCUCGUAGUGGGAUCGGCUCCAUCAAAUCCUUCCCCAGGCCCGGACUGAAGAGCAAGCUGACUGCACCCGCUAAAGCAGACACGGGCCUGCAGAACAAGACAUUCCACUGUGAAGCCUGCGACGUGCGCGUCAAUUCAGAGACGCAGCUCAAGCAGCAUAUCAGCAGCAGACGCCAUAAAGACAGAGCUGCAGGGAAACCAGACAAACCCAAGUACAGUCCUUACCCCAAAACCCAAAGAGGAGCCGCCAAACAGACAAGUGGAAAACUGUUCAGUGGAAAUAAUGAAUAG